AGUGUGAGGAAGGGGAGGUGUGAAGGGACAGAAAUAGGUGGAGAAAAACUGGAGUCACGUGACAGGCAGCCAUUAUGUUAAGCUCACGGAAUGAAGGUCUGGCCAACGAAACUGGAGGGCCGAACUUUAAGCCUUACUUGAAAAAAAACUGAAACAAAAAACAUUGAGAAUAUAAAUAAAUAACCAGAGCGGGGGUUUAUCUUUCCCCCCCGCCGCCAAACGAUUCUUCCUGGCAAAUAAAUAAUAAAAAAAAAAAAAUAAAUUAUGCCCGGACCCGUGGAAAGAUGGCUUGAAACGUUUAUGUGCAAGCAAUACGCGGAUACUUUUGAAGCUUAUGGAUUUAAAACGCUGCAGUCUGUAUGUCAGCUUCAACUCCACCAGCUGCAAGGAAUGGGUGUUGCCCAAGAACACUGUGAAAAGAUACUGGAAAAUGUUCAUGUACUCAGACAGACUUUAAUAGCUGGGAACAACAAGACUACAGGUUUACCUGAGCAGUCUCCUCCUUCCGCCCAUGACUCGACUCUGGUCAAUUCCGCCAGCUCUGUCCUUCGCUCUGUAGCAAUGAAUGUUAAUCUUCAGCGAGGUCCUAUGAAUCAUUAUCCGGAGGAUAUGCCUAAUCCUUAUGGUGCCAAUACUGGACGUAUGGCUCUAAGUUCUGAUUACCUCACUAGAGACAAUCCUCAGAUGAUGAGUCGUGGUAUGUCUGGUUAUCCACUGCAGAGUUAUGGCGAUCAUCCUUCCAGUCAUAUGAUGCUUUCCCAACAAACUUCUUUUCAUGGACACAAUGCCGCUGCAGCUGCAGCAAUGUACAACCAACAUAACCAGUCUCAACAGUUCAUGGGACAACGUUUUUCUAGCCCCUACCAAGCCUCUCAUUAUUCUUCUAUGGGUGCUGUGGCACAGAGUUCCGCUGCUGCUGCUGCUGCUGUACAAAUGUCAGCUGCACAAAUGUCACAGCUAUCAGCUGCGCAGAUGUCCAGUAUGGCCAGCAACUCCAUGUACAGUUCAUCACCUGCUUCUUCUUCUAGUUCUUCCCACAAUCCGCAUUCUCAUCCAUAUAUGCGACACUCCUCCAGUUGCCAGAACCCACAGCAAGUAGCCGACAACAUUUUGCAAAUGGCUUCGGUAAACUAUCCUAGUAAUCAGACAGUACAUGUUCCCAUCAACAAGAGCCGGACUGCACCAUAUCACCUACCCCGCUCACCUCAGUAUAGCAUGCAGACUUGUAACAGUCCUGUUCAGCCUCAGAUGCGUCACAAUGCUGCUCAGUAUGGCUAUCCUAGUACAUCACCCCAUCCACCUGCAGCCCGGACAUCUCCGAUAAGCCCUAUGUUGAUGCAUAGUCCAGCAAGUCAUCAUAGUAACCAGUCUAUGCCAAAUUCCAGUCCUGUCUCUUUACAUAGUCCUGCUCCAGCCAAUGUGAAAUCUCCUGUCACUACGCCGUCCCCAAUUACAAGUAGUCUUCGUUCGCCUUGUGCUGUUCAAUCGAUGACGUCGCCUGUGGGCUGUGGAAAACAGAUUUGCUCUCCUCCACAUUCAAUAAACAGUUCUUCUGGGAUGCAACAGUCUCCGUUAGGCAGUAACAGUAGUAGUGGUUAUGUUUCAUGCAACACUAGUAUUAAGUCUCCAGGUCCACAACAUCAACAACAACAACAACAACAACAACAGCAGCAGCAGCAGCAACAACAACAACAACAACAACAACAACAACAACAGCCACCACAACAACAGCAUCAUCAUCAUCAACAUCAUCAACAGCCUCAACAACAACAACCACAACAUCAGCAACAGCCACAGCAACAAAGACCUCCAUCUCAAAAUCGAUACUCUCCUCAUCCCAUAGGUUCCCCUAUCAGCCAUGCUGGCUCACCAUAUGCAUUGUCAAAAGCUCAUAUUAACAGUCCCCCUCAAAGCCAAAACUUUCAACAUACACCAUCAAUGAGCCCAUAUGUUAGUGAUGCCUCCCAGGACUCCACUGCUAGCCAAUCUACAGCAGCUCCUCUUGUUGUCAAGAACCCCUUACAAUCACUCGAAAAACUUGUGUUGCUUCCAGAGUCACAAGUGAUAGAUCCAAAGAGUGUAGUCAAUGAUGCUUGUCUACCCUCCCCCUCUCAUAAUAAUGAAGGCCCAAAAAACUGUGAUAUUCCAAGUGAUCAUCGAAAUUCUGGUGGCUGUAUUUCUUCCAACUCGUCCUCAACCUCUUGCAGCAAUAGUAGCACUGCCUGUGGCAGUACCAGUUGUACUGAUGGAAAACACUGUGAUAAUGGCAACACAACCACUAGCAACAAUUCUGGCUCUAACAAGUCAGACUAUUCAUUUAAAAUAUCACCACCUCCACCACCAAACCCUACUAUAGCUCCUCUUUCAUUGCCUCCUGCUUCUUCAACACUGGAAGACAAUGGGGCCCUUCAUGGUCUCCUAGCCAAACAAGACAAUAACCUGAACACAAAGGCAUCACCACAACAGGUUUCAGUUCCUCCACCAUCUCCUACGCUCAAGUGGGAUGUGCGCUUUGCUGAGGACACCAGUAACAAUACUGUGAGUCACACUGAAACAUCUGCUGACACAAAACUACCAGAUCAAUUGGAUAUUCCAACAUUUAAUAAUAAAGUCCCAUUUCAAUCUAAAUUGGAAAACUCUCCAGUUGAAAUGAAACAUGAAGUGGUUUCUUUUGAAAGCAAUAAGCAAGAUAUUCUUGACUCGGAUAACAGCAGUACUGCCACUGUGAAUUCUAGCGUAAGUGCACCAUUAGAUGAUACAUCUUCAUCUUCAGCAAUUUCCAAUUCAUUGUUCUCUCCUGAACAGAAUUCUAUAAAUGCUAGUGUUACUUCUUGCUCAAAUACUGCAACUCCAUCUCAAACUACCAGCAAGUCAGGCUGCCUUGUUGGAAAUCCUAGCACUGAUUCAGCGAAUACACCACCACACUCAAUGUCCUCAGCCGUCUCUGCUCCGUUGUUUUCUCAGCCUCUCGCUGAUAUAGAAGUAGAAAUGGAAACUAACAGUCAAGAUGAUAAUGAGACACCUGCAUCUCCGAAGCAACUCCAGUGCUCGCCGAAUCCUCUGGUUAAUGGUAUAACAGAUGUCUAUCCAAGUCCCGACCUCUCGCAAAGUAAAGAAGAAACUUUGUGUCUCAGUCCAAAAUGUGAAGAUGGCAUUUCUUGCUCCCCAAAAGAAAACAAGAACCAACAUAAAGAAAAUACUGCUGAACUACAAGUAGAAAUUAAACUAGAUGUGAAAACUGAGUCGUCUGAAGGUGCCAAUAAUCCAAAUCCUUCAGGUUCUUUGAAAAGUAACGAGAAUCCACCUCAAGCAACCCGUCGCAGUCCCAGAAAGAAAAUGACUGUGAAUACUAGCCUUUCCACUGAUGUCAAUGUAGUGACUGCAUCAACCACUGCAAUCAUUAACACAAACACAUCCUUCACAGUGUCAUCGCCUGUAUAUUCUACAAGUGAAAGCAGUGCACUGACAAAUAAUUCUGUUUCUACUCCUACUUCCUUAUCAGCCCUCCUUCCUGUUACUACUACUACUACCACUACUACUACGACUGCUACAACUACUACUACAACUGCUGCUGCUGCUGUGAAGCAAAGUGUGCAAACUAGUGCUACUCAGACAAAUCUUAGCAAAGUGAAGAGAUCAAAGCGUAUCCAAAAUAACCAAACUGUAAAAGCAAUAGCUCAGAAAGAAGAACAAGACAAUGAAACCAGCUCUCGGCUUCGUGUACGUAAAGAUUCAGGUAACACGUAUACGCGGCAAAUGCGUAAUUCUUUACUCCGAUCAAUUACAACUUCUCAGAGUAAGGUGUACGCUGGUGGGGGGCCAGAGAUUACUGGCAGUUGUGAAUUGGAUACCGUUGAUGAUGAGCACAUAUCAAGAGAUGAAGAGCCAGCAGAAGAAAGAACGAACGGUUGUGAGCAAACGAAAACCUUGUCCAAUUCUGACAGUGCUCUGGACAACAGCAAAGAAGAAGGUAGUACAACAGAACAAUCCAAGUUAGAGCUGGAUACAGACAGUCUCUUUCAAAAAGACAGUAUCGAGUUAGUUGGUGAUAAUACUUCUCAGUCUAAGAAAGAGGAAUUAAGCCAGACUCCAAAAAAUAAAAAACGAGGCAGUAGCCGAAUCAGCCAACAAACAAAAUCUUCUCAAGAAGAGAAAAGUCACACAGCUCUUGGCCCUGCACCUGAAGAGAACAAAAAAUGUCUCUUUGAAAGGCCUACCCAUUCAACUUCCAACGAGGAAGAACAAAUAGAUAAUACCACAGUAAUAAAAAAAGAACCAUGUGAUGAAGAUGAGCAACAUUCCACGACAGCUGCGAAAGCUAGUCCCAUGGAGCAUGACGUCAGUGGAGAAGAUAGUAGUCGCACUCCAGAACCAAUGGUAAGAAGACGCCGAAAGCGACAAGAUUCAUCAUCUGUAGACUUUGACUGUGUUGUGGAUACAAAUAUAAUGGUUGAUUCUGUAUCUUAUGAUGAAAAUAUUCUCUGUUCUAAGAGAAAAAGGACAAUUAAAUCUGAAGUUUUUCCUUCAAGAAAUCCGGAACCAGAACCUGCACCAAUUUCUAAAGCACCUGUAGAAAUCUUGGAAAUAGACUUGACUGACGAGAGUAAUCCUAUUAAGCAGGAAUUUUCCAAUAACAUGGAGAAUAACUCUGACUUAAGUGAUGAAGAAGCAAGUGAUAGCAAGGCUAAUGAGCUUUGCCCUGACCCUCAACUUUCUUUAAAUGUUGAAUUUAAAGAAGAAUUGACACCCUCUGAAACAAAUGAAACUGAUGGGGCAAUGACACCUGACAAGAAGAGCAGCACAUCUGCUGGUAAAAAGAAAAAGAAAGGGCGACCGCCAGCAAAAGGGUCUUUGCGGGGUCGAAAGAUAAGUCGUGGCAAGUCUGAUAUUUAUAGCGCUUUUCCCCCUGAUAGUGACUCUUUCAAGUCUUUGAAACUGAAAAAAACAAUGGAUUUAAUGUCCAGCACCAAAAAGAAAAAAAAUGAGAUGGGAUCUGUUACAACUGGUCCAUUUAUACGGAUGACGACUAUAAAGGAUGAACCGGCAAACUGCAUAGUUGUUAAUCAACACCAAGAAGACAAUGACUCCAAAUUGAACAAGAAGUCUAAAAUCAAAUGUCCCUCAACCGGAUCUUCAGUUCAGAUAUCUAAUUUACCGUCUGAAAAAUCUGUCUUAGUUCCCAGAACCUCUUUAAUCGGGGAUGUUUGGGUUUGUGUACUGUGUGGUAAAGGUAGCACUUACAAAUUUCUCGGAGAUUUAUUUGGACCUUAUUAUCCAGAGGGCUUCCACCCCACUGUAAAAUCAGAAAAACCUGACAAAGUGCAGGUUCCUCCAGCAUUGACUGCACCUCCUUUACCGUCACCUCUUGGCCAAGCCUCUAACCCUGACAGCUCACCUAAUGCUUCAACCUUGACUCCUAUUUCUGAAGAUUUAUCCAAAAUGGACAGUAAACACAAACGGAAGAGGACUUUACCUUUUGUUGAGCAAACCAGUGGUAUUGACAGGCGAAUACGAAAGUCAUCAAGUGAUGAACGAGGUUGUGGCAGUGAUGUAGACUGUGAGCAGUUAAAUUCUGAUGUAUCUGAGGUUUGGGUCCAUGAAGAUUGUGUUGUUUGGUCAGACGGUGUAUAUUUAAUAGGGAAUAAACUGUAUGGUCUUGAAGAGGCAGCUGCAAUUGCUUCAGCUACAAUUUGCUCUAUUUGCAAAGAACGAGGUGCAAUGGUUGGCUGUCUUCAUAAAGGUUGCACUCAGAAAUACCAUUAUAUAUGUGCUGCAGAAAAGGGUUGUUAUCUUGAUGAAGAAAACUUCUCUUUGCUUUGUCCAAAACACAAGGACAAAAAGAUGAAAAAUCUGGACCCUCAGAGUAGUGCAAAGUCCUGACAUGACCUCUGUCCCAGCUAUGACUCAAAGUCACUCAGUUAAGCUCUCAAACAGUGGUCAAGACAUUGUCUACAUCUCAAGAAAUCCACUACUAUUACUACCUUCACUACCAACUAACACCAUAAUGGGAUUGUGCCAUUACUAGAUGUUGUCUCAACUAAUCUGAACUGAGUGCAACUCGCUUGUUAAGCUUUCCCUAGUGCUGCUGGCUCUAACCAAGAGUAUUCUUGUGACUGUCUGCUGUGUGAAGCAGCACUGACAACAACAGCAGUAGUAAUAUUGAUGAAGAUGAUGAUGAUGAUGAUGAUGCUACUUCUUACUGUAUUUUUGAGAAUCAACACCAACAGUACCAAUACUAUUGUGCCAUUUGGUUCUAUCUGACCUUUGACCAUCUUAGCAGUUUCACCUCCAACAGACCACCUUUGGACUACCUCGUUUGCACCUUCUACUGCUGUUGUGUUGGCUUACAUAGAACAUUUUAUUACUACUACCACUACUAUCACAACCACCUCCACCACUAGCAUUACUAUUACUACUACUACUACUACUACUAAUUUUAAUACUAACUACUGUUACCAGUGCUAUAAGUGAUAACAUGGUGCAUUUAUGCCAUUGAUGUGGCCAGCUGAUAAAAUAUUUUAGUGAUGUUUGUGUUAAAUUUACAAAUAAAUUACAAAAAAAAAAUACAUCUAGUGUAAAUAACAAACAAAACAUUUACAGAAUUAUCUAUAAUUUCCUUUUCUUCCUUUUUUUUUUUUUGCUAUGUGGUCUUUAUUUUUAACUCUCUAAUUUGACUAGAAAUGAGUGUACAAUUAACACCAAGCUUUUAUUUCUUUUUUUUCUCUUCUUUUUUUUUUUUAACCUAACAAGAGAACAUCAUGCUUGGUGAUUUAGUAUAUAAGUUUGAAAUUGGCUGUGGACUCUUGUCACAACAGCAUGGAAUCAGCCGUGGUGUUUAUCAGCAGAAUAAAGUAUUGACUGUGGAGUUUCUCACCAGAAAGAAGAUUAUGUCAUAACACGAAAGGACUGGCUGCAAAAUCUGUCUAAACAGAUAUGAAUACUACAAAUUGAUGGCUGUCUGGUCUGUUAUAAAAGACAUGUACACUGGUUCUGAGGUUUGUCAUAGCAAUGUGCAUAUUAUUGGAUAUUCUGUAAGAGCAAUGUGGAGCUGGCUGUGUAAGUCAGUCAGAACAGUAUGGAGCUAUAAAAACAUAAUGAAGAUUGUAGGAGAUUGCCCAUGUCAUCUGUAUUGACAAUAUAGAACUUAGCUCUGGAGUUCAUCAGCAGUUAGUUGUAUAAUAAUAAUAAAUUGCUUUUUGGUUUAUCAUAACUCUACAGAGCCUCCAACAGAAUUCUCUUCUGUUCACUGCAGAGAUUUCUGUUUGCUUUCAUCUAUCUCAUAAAUAAACUCAGUCCAGUGCUCAAUCACAAGAUCAUGUUGUCUGGAGCAGAGGAAUUCCUUGAGAUUGACAUUAAAAAAAAAAAAUAUAUACAUAUAUAUAUAUAUAUUUCAUGCUGCUGCUGUUGCUGCUACUACUUGCACUACUAUUAUAUUAGUUGGCCAACCUGACUAAUGAUAGUAACCAGGGAUAGCAGGGUUCUUUUUGUUGUUGUUUUUUUUUUUAAAGCAGCAGUAGUGUUAUAACUACUACUACUACCACUACAGCAUUUUAACAAGAUUCGGUUGACCAGAGGAGGAGGAUAAACAAAUUUUAUCUGCUGUAAACCUUUCUUCCGUUUGUCCUCCGUCAACAAUUAAUUGUAGUAGUAGUGGUGACAGUAGUAGUAGCUCUAUAACUACUACUACUGCUGCUACUACUACUACUAUUGCUGUUGCUGGUGGUGUUAUGAAGUCUGCUAUCUGCUAGUUUGGAUACUCUAAAUGCUGGCAAUGGUCAUUUCUGUUGCCCACCAAUCUCUCUCCUUCUCUCUUUUUCUCUCUCUCUCUCUCUCUCUCUCUCCUUCUCUCUCUCUCUCCCUCUCUCUCUCUCUCUCUCUCUCUCUGCCACUGCCAUUUGGCAGGUCUUGUUCUUUUUCUGAGUUGAAAAACAAACAAGUUCAUUUUAAACCUCCGAUGUACAUUUAGUGUGUGAAUGUGUGGGUGUGCAACGUAAGUGUGCACACAGGUGUGUGUUUGUGUGUGUGUAUUGAUUUACAUGUGUGUUUGCAUGUAUGUGUGCAUGCGUGUUUAUGGUUGUUGGCUAAUGCACGUGUGUCUGGUAGAAAUUCCAUGCCUAUUUUUGUGUUCCAUUGAAGAAAACUUACCAAACUGUGCCAUGUCUCUAGUUCCUGCAAUAUGAAUCUUGGAUGUGGUACUUACUAUGAAAUUUAAAUCAUUUUUUUCCUCAACUACUGUAAAAUAAAGACUUAACUGUCAAAUGAAA